ACCAGCAGUAGAAGAUGAUUAAAUGAUGCAAGUCAGUUCAUUUUCCCUCACCGGUUACUGUUAUUGCUUCUCUGUGACAUUAUCCUUCAAGAUGGUUGAGGAACAUGCCAAAAUGCAGCCAGUUCUAGACAGUAAUGCCCAAACCUCUAAUUUGAAUGAGGACGUUGAGCCUACAGAAGAUGUUGCCAAUUAUUUCCCCAGAUCACCAACGCAACUAAAAAGGAAAAUUUCUUUAAUUAAUGGUAUCAGUCUAAUAGUUGGACAUAUACUUGGUUCAGGGAUAUUUGUGUCUCCAGGUGGUGUCCUAAAGCAGUGUGGCUCCUAUGGUCUUUCCCUGAUAGUAUGGACUAUUGGGGGCAUUUUCUCAUUCAUUGGAGCCCUCUGUUUUGCUGAACUGGGUACAACCAUCACAAAAUCUGGUGCAGGCUAUGCAUACCUUUUGGAAUCAUUUGGUAGUUUAGUUGCCUUCCUUAAACUUUGGACAUCCAUACUUAUUUUUGAGCCCAUGUCACAGGCCAUUAUUGCCAUCACCUUCGGCAACUACCUGGUACAACCUAUCUUCUUAAACUGUAUGACGCCAUAUGUGGCAGAACGCCUAAUUGCAGCUGCUUGCAUCUGUCUGCUUACUUUUAUAAACUGUGCCAAUGUGAAUUGGGCAACCAGAGUACAAGAUGCACUCACAUUUGCCAAAUUGCUUGGCCUUUCCAUCAUUAUUGUUGCAGGAUUGGUUAAACUCGAUCAAGAAGAAUAUUCUAACCUUGAUUCUGCAUUUCAAGGCUCCAUACUUGAUGCUGAUAAGCUAUCCCUCGCAAUAUAUUUUGUGCUGUUUGCCUAUUCAGGUUGGGACACACUUAACUACAUAACAGAGGAGGUUCUUGAUUGUGAGAGGAAUCUCCCCCUUGCCAUUAUGAUUUCGAUGCCUUUGAUAAUUGUUUUGUACAUUCUGACAAUUCUGGCUUAUUACAUUGUGUUAGAACCAAAUAGCAUUCUCAAAAGUGAUGCUUUAGCAGUGACAUUUGCAAAAGAGACCCUUGGAGUAAUGAAGUGGAUCAUCCCAAUAGCAGUCGCUCUGUCGUGUUAUGGUUCUCUUAAUGCAUCAAUUAUGGUAACUUCAAGGUUGUACUUUGUUGCAGCUCGUGAGGGUCACCUCCCUCAAAUACUAUCCAUGAUCCAUGUGACCCAAUUCACACCAGUCGCAGCACUACUCAUAAACGGUGUAUUAACAAUGUUCUUCCUGAUUGUGGAGGAUGUAUUUGAACUCAUUUACUACUAUAGCUUCAGUUAUUGGUUCUUUAAGGGACUGACUGUCAUUGGAAACGUCUACCUACGUUUUAAACAGCCAAACAGACGCAGGCCUCUAAAGCUCAACCUGCUUUGCCCAAUUUUAUUCUGUCUAUGUACAGCAUGCUUGAUAGCAAUACCCGCAUACACCGAUGGUGUUCGUUCCCUGAUCGGGAUCGCAGUUCCAUUGUCUGGACUACCAGUCUUUGUCAUUGGUCACUUGCUAGCAAAGGCAAAAUGGCCUCCUUGUUUCAAAAGAAUUACAAGUAAAACUGGCAAAAGCUUGCAGCUGUUAUUCUACUGUGUCAUGAUCGACAAGGAUGACAGUACAGAACAGUCGAGUUCUGACAACAGAUGAACAGAGUUGACAAGAAAAUUAACUACAUCCCUCACACCUGCAAUACUCGAAUUUGAUGUUAGACUGAAUAAACUGAUCAGCAUUAAAUCUGUGCCUGUGUUUUGCUAUGCUUUACACCAUGAAAUAUAUACCCUACCCAAGAUGUAUAUUACAGAAAGAACAGCUCAUUUCACUUUAACAUGUCAAAAACAUUUAUUCAAUUGGUAUUUUUU